AGCGCGCGGCCAGCUGUGAGGGGAGCAGAGCUAAGGAGAGUACUAAAGGGACAAAGAACCGCUCCCCAUCUCAUCCUCUCCAACAGGUUGGAAGUCCUGGGAAGUGUGUACAACUUGUUCUCCGUCUGCCGAGUUUUUUCCUCCCUCGUCCUGCAUCAUGCUGCGUCCAGUUGGCAUCCACUGUCUGCUCUGCACCUUGCUGUGCAUGUGGCCGUCCUGCAGCUCCCAGUCAGACUCCAGCGCCCCUGUAAUCCAGCUGCGACUCGCUGGGGAGAAGCGGAAGAACUACGAGGGCCGCGUGGAAGUUUUCUACAACGGAGAGUGGGGGACAGUGUGCGAUGAUGACUUCUCCAGAUCCGCUGCCAGAGUGGUGUGCAGACAGCUCGGCUUCAUGGACGCAGAGUCCUGGUUGCCCUCGGCCAAGUACGGAAGAGGAGAAGGUCGUAUCUGGUUGGACAAUGUGCACUGCUUUGGUACUGAGAAGAGCCUGGCUCAGUGUCAUUCCAAUGGGUUUGGAGUGUCGGACUGCAAACAUUCAGAAGAUGUCGGAGUGGUCUGCACCUCCAAGCGCAUUCCAGGCUUCAAGUUUAUCCGGAACCAGGCCAGCAGCAACGAGGGUCUGCCGGUGCAGGUGGAGGAUGUGAGACUCAGAGCCACUUACUCUCAGAGGAAGAAGAUUCCCAUCACUGAGGGCUUUUUGGAGGUGAAGGACGGAGGCAAAUGGAGGCAGAUCUGUAGCGAGGAGUGGACACAGACAAACAGCAGGGUCAUCUGUGGCAUGAACGGCUUCCCCGGGGAGAAACGCGUUAAUACCCGACCUUACAAAUUGCUGGCCAAUCGUCGUAAGAAAAACUACUGGGGUUUCUCCGUAAACUGCACAGGCAACGAGGCCGACCUGUCAGACUGCAAGAUGGGCAGAGAGAUCGAGUUGAAGGGCAACAGCACCUGUGAGCAGGGCAUGCCUGUCGUGGUCAGCUGUGUGCCCGGACGGGCCUUUGCUCCCACCCUCAGUGCCGGCUACAGGAAGGCCUAUCGGGUCGAGCAACCCCUGGUGCGUCUCAGAGGCGGCGCUAUGAUUGGCGAGGGGCGAGUGGAGGUGUUGAAGAACGGGGAGUGGGGUACGGUGUGUGACGACAACUGGAACAUUCGAGCUGCCACCGUGGUGUGUCGAGAGCUUGGCUUCGGUAGUGCCAAAGAGGCCAUGAGCAGCGCCCAAUUUGGACAAGGGACUGGGCCGGUCCACAUGAACAAGGUUGAAUGCUCUGGGUUUGAAAAGUCACUGACUGAGUGCCAAUUCAACCGUCACGAUUUGGGCUGCAGCCACGAAGAAGACGCGGCACUCAAGUGCAAUGUCCCCGACAUGGGCUUCAACAAAAGACUCCGGUUAAAUGGCGGCCGUAAUCCCUUUGAGGGCCGCGUGGAGGUCCUGGCAGAGAGGAACGGCUCUGCGGUGUGGGGCUCUGUGUGCAGCGACAGCUGGGGGACUAUGGAGGCCACGGUGGUGUGCAGACAGCUCGGCUUGGGCUUUGCCAGCCAUGCUUUCCAGGAAACAUGGUACUGGGAAGGAGAGUCCCCAGAUGACGUAGUCUUGAUGAGUGGAGUGCGAUGUUCAGGGACUGAGUACACUCUGGAUCAGUGUCUACAUCACGGGAAACACAUCCACUGUCCCAAAGGAGGUGGACGCUUCGCUGCGGGCGUCUCCUGUACUCAGUUGGCCCCGGACCUGGUCCUCAGUGCCCAGGCUGUGGAGCAGACCACCUACCUGGAGGACAGGCCCAUGUACGCGUUGCAGUGUGCCCACGAGGAACACUGUCUCUCCAAAAGUGCUGAGACAGCGGACUCCAACUCGUACCGCCGCCUUCUCCGCUUCUCCUCCCAGAUCCAGAACAACGGGCUGUCAGACUUCAGGCCGCGGGCGGCACACCACUCCUGGGUGUGGCAUGAGUGUCACAGACAUUACCACAGCAUGGAGGUUUUCACCCACUAUGACCUGCUGAGCCUAAAUGGCACUAAAGUUGCAGAAGGACACAAAGCCAGCUUCUGUCUGGAGGACACUCACUGUGACGAGGGUAUUCAGAAGAAGUAUGCAUGCGCUAACUUUGGGGCACAAGGCAUCACAGUUGGCUGCUGGGACACAUACAGGCACGACAUCGACUGUCAGUGGAUCGACAUCACGGACGUGAAGCCCGGCGACUACAUCUUCCAGGUUGUGAUAAACCCAAACUAUGAGGUUGCAGAAUCCGAUUACACCAACAACGUUAUGAAGUGCCGCUCCCGGUACGACGGACAACGGAUAUGGACGUACAACUGUCAGAUAGGUGGCUCCAGGAGUUCAGACGCAGAGGAAAUGUUCCCUGGACUGCUGACUAACCAGGUGUCACACAGUUAGAACAAGGAAAGACGACGCAGCCAGAACUUAUAUUGAUGUUUGACAACCACUAGAGGGAGCUUUGCCGUUUUGCUUCCUUGGAGCCUGGAUUGCUGGAUUGUUUUUUGGGAUCAGGGCUCAACUGGUAGAGCGGACAAUGAUUCAGUGGCAAAGUGAACUGCUUGCUUGCUUGCAAAAUCUAUUAACCACAUUCAGCUGUACAAAAGUACAUAUCGUUUAAUGUCGUGGUGCCUUUGCCGUCAGUGACUUGGUGCUUACCCGGGGAGAUGUCAGGGAGGAUUGCAGCCAAAUAAUUUAUUAUUAUUAUUGUUGUGUACUGUGCCAAAAGUUGUUUUCCAAGGCAAACUUUAAGAAAAGUCUCAAACCAGCCCCCAAUUAGAUGACACAUUCACGUGCAUGUUCUGUCUGCUGUAAUAAGCAUAUAAAUAGUCCACUGUUGGACUAAACUUGGUGCUACAACUGAAUUUUGGACACUAUGCCCCCACGAAAACAGUUGAAUUUAAAUUGCAUUUGCUUUUGCAAGUAUUACAUGCUUUAAACCAAAAUGGUAAUUCAUGCUACCUAGAUUUAUUUUCAAAUGUAAGGUCAAGGCUCCUUCAGUGCUGAACACAGGGAAUUCCUCACCAGUUAGUUGCUUGCUUUGAUUUGUUUCCUGCAGUGUUUUAUGUCAAUCUGUAAACAUGUUCCAUUCUCAAUAGCAAGAAAUAAGCGUGAAUAGGCUUUCUUCUACCAGGGUUUUGUGUUCCACAUACUUGAGCUAGUUUUUGAAAGUGUUUUAUUUAUUACGUUUUUUUAUCUUGGUAGUUUCAGUAGACACACGUGUGCAUCCCCUCAGCUUAUUUAUCAAUGUCUGAGUUUUAUUACAUUAUUCGUCAGGGACUAUGGUAACAUGGUGGAUGUAGUGGAAAAGCCACAAAUGUAGGUGAAAAUGUCUCGUCAUUGUUUUGUGAACUAGUUGUGGGUUUUUCUGUCACAAAUUCAAGGAUCCUUCAUUUUUAAAAGAGUGAUUGUUGCUUGCUGCCUGACUGGAUAUGUCUUGUGUGAAUGUGCAAAAGUAUUUACAUUUUUAAAAUAAAUAUUGGUGAAUGCAAGUUCAAAAUUGAAUUGCUGAAACGUAUUAAUAGAAAGUCUUUGUGUGGGAAGCAUUGCAGAAGUACUGAAUAUGUCACAGUUUUAUUUGUGCUAUCCCAAGUUAAGUGUUCUGCUCACUAAUCACUGUGCUGGUUAUAGUAAGUCAAACAGUACCGUAGUUAAAACUCCUCACCUAACCU